AUGGACCCCCAGCCCAGCCACAUGGACCCCCAGCCCCAUGGACCCCCAGCCUCAUGGACCCCCAUCUUCAUGGACCCUCAGCCCAGCUUCAUGGACCCCCAGCCUCCAGGACACCCAGCCCAGCCUCAUGGACCCCCAGGCUCAUGGACCCCCAGCCCAGACUCAUGGACCCCCAGCCUCAUGGACCCCCAGCCUCAUGGACCCCCAGCCUCAUGGACCCCCAGCCCAGACUCAUGGACCCCAGCCCAGCCUCAUGGACCCCCAGCCCAGCCUCAUGGACCCCCAGCCUCAUUGACCCCCAGCCUCAUGGACCCCCAGCCCAGACUCAUGGACCCCCAGCCUCCUGGACACCCAGCCCAGCCUCAUGGACCCCCAGCCCAGCCUCAUGGACCCCAGCCCAGACUCAUGGACCCCCAGCCUCCUGGACACCCAGCCCAACCUCAUGGACACCCAGCCCAGCCUCAUGGACCCCCAGCCCAGCCUCAUGGACCCCCAGCCCACCCAGCCACAUGGACCCCCAGCCUCAUGGACCCCCAGUCUCAUGGACCCCCAGCCCAGCCACAUGGACCCCCAGCUCAGCCACAUGGACCCCCAGCCUCAUGGACACCCAGCCUCAUGGACCCCCAGCCCAGCCUCAUGGACCCCCAGCCUCAUGGACCCCCACCCAGCCUCAUGGACCCCCAGCCCAGCCUCAUGGACCCCCAGCCCAGCCUCAUGGACCCCCAGCCCAGCCUUGUCUCAGACCGGUCAGCUGCUCCUGAGUAG